UGCAGCACAGACUGAAGCAUGCUGUGGAUUCUGCUGCUGAUCUGUGGGCUCUGCACGGAGAGACACACUGCUGCAGGCCAGAGAGAUGGAGAAAUUAUCAGCCAGAUCAAAACAACUAACCUGGCACUGGCUGAGAUUAAAGAGCUACUCAAACAGCAGAUUAGAGAGAUUGUUUUCUUGAAGAACACAGUGAUGGAGUGUGAAGCCUGUGGGAUGGGAGCAAUCCAGCCUCGACCUUUAUGUGUGCCCAACCCUUGCUACCCAGGGGUGCAGUGCAUCAAGACACCUCAGGGUGCAAUGUGUGGGCCCUGUCCUCAUGGAAUGGAAGGAAACGGAACCUACUGCACUGAUGUAGAUGAGUGUAUUGUGAAGCCCUGUCACAUGGGUGUGCGCUGCAUAAACACUUCUCCGGGUUUCCGCUGUGGUUCCUGCCCUGCUGGAUACACCGGCCCUCAUGUCCAAGGGGUCGGUCUCGCCUAUGCUACUACCAAUAAACAGGCAUGCAAGGACAUCAAUGAGUGUCAAAGUCCCAACAAUGGAGGAUGUGUGGAGAACUCAGACUGCAUGAACACUCCUGGAUCCUUCAGGUGUGGCCCUUGUAAGAUGGGCUACUUUGGGGAUCAACGACAAGGCUGCAAGCCUGAGAGAGCCUGUGGAAAUGGUGUUCCAAAUCCCUGCCAUGCUAGUGCUGACUGCAUUAACCAUCGAGAGGGACCUAUCGAGUGUCAGUGCGGUGUUGGAUGGGCUGGCAAUGGCUACCUCUGUGGUCCUGAUAUUGACAUUGAUGGAUUUCCUGAUGUGAAACUGGACUGCCCACAGAGGAACUGUGCCAAGGAUAACUGUCUUACUGUGCCAAACUCUGGUCAAGAAGAUGCAGAUGGUGAUGGAAUAGGAGACGCUUGUGAUGAUGACGCGGAUGGCGAUGGGAUCCCUAACACACAGGAUAAUUGUGUGCUGGUGUCCAAUGUGGACCAAAAGAACAUUGAUGAAGAUGACUAUGGUGAUGCUUGUGACAACUGCCGUGCUGUCAAAAACAAUGACCAAAAGGACACAGAUGUGGACAAAUUUGGUGAUGAAUGUGAUGAAGAUAUUGAUGGAGAUGGAAUCCUGAAUCACUUUGAUAACUGCAAAAGGGUUCCCAAUGCUGACCAGAAAGAUCGUGAUGGAGACAAUGUGGGGGAUGCCUGUGAUAGCUGUCCGUACGUCCCCAACCCUGAUCAGCUGGACAUGGACAAUGACUUGAUUGGUGACCCGUGUGACACCAACAAGGACAGUGACGGAGACGGUCACCAGGACUCUCGGGACAACUGUCCAGCUGUCAUAAAUAGCUCCCAGCUCGACACGGACAAGGAUGGCAAGGGAGACGAGUGUGAUGAUGACGAUGAUAAUGAUGGCAUACCAGAUCUGCUUCCACCUGGUCCUGAUAACUGCCGUCUAAUCCCCAACCCUCUACAGGAGGACUCAGACGGCAAUGGUGUGGGAAAUGUGUGUGAGAAGGACUUCGACAAUGACACUGUUGUCGACACUGUCGAUGUUUGCCCAGAAAAUGCUGAGGUCACCCUCACCGAUUUCAGGGAGUAUCAGACAGUGGUUUUAGAUCCAGAAGGAGAUGCACAAAUUGACCCAAACUGGGUGGUGCUGAAUCAGGGAAGAGAGAUUGUCCAGACGAUGAAUAGUGAUCCUGGACUGGCUGUUGGUUACACUGCCUUUAGCGGUGUGGAUUUUGAAGGGACGUUUCACGUAAAUACAGUAACGGAUGAUGACUAUGCUGGUUUUAUCUUCGGGUAUCAGGAUAGCUCGAGUUUCUACGUGGUGAUGUGGAAGCAGGUGGAACAGAUCUACUGGCAGGGAAACCCCUUCAGAGCUGUGGCAGAACCAGGCAUCCAACUGAAGGCUGUCAAGUCAAACACAGGCCCAGGUGAAAACCUGAGGAAUGCCCUGUGGCACACCGGAGACACGAGUGGCCAGGUGAAGCUUCUGUGGAAAGAUGCCCGAAAUGUCGGCUGGAAAGACAAAACUUCCUACCGUUGGUUCCUCCAGCAUCGACCCGCUGACGGAUACAUUAGGGUCCGUUUCUACGAGGGUCCUCAGAUGGUGGCAGACACCGGCGUCAUCAUUGAUGCCACAAUGAGAGGCGGCCGACUGGGCGUCUUCUGUUUCUCCCAGGAGAACAUCAUCUGGGCCAACCUUCGAUAUCGCUGCAACGAUACUCUUCCUGAGGAUUUUGACACCUACAGAGCUCAGCAGGUGCAGCUGGUUGCCUAAAGACAGUAAAAAGUGUCCACAGACUUUUGGGAAGACUUUUCAACACACAACUGGGUUUGGAAUGUCUAUAUUAAGUCUAUUUGAAUUCUCUCUGAAUGUGUUGUAAUCUUACAGAGGAAAGUCAGUGUAAAAAAAAAAAAAUAAUCAAAGCGAACUUUGUUUUCAACCACCAGGAGGAAUUUUGAAAAUGUUUCUACACAUUUUUGAAAGCCAUAUAUUUACAUUUCCCCUCAUGUUGCCUAAACAACAAAAUACUUUUCAAGAUAACACCUCUGAAUAAAUGUGGAUUUUGGUGACUUAAGGUGUAUUUUAUUGGUUGUGGUCAUUUGACUUACUUACUAGUAACAGCAAAGGGGUUACAUAGCAACUCAGUAAAUGCAACUGUAAUUCACCAAAUUAAAAGAUCACAGAAGGUGGUUCACUCUGAUGCAACUGAUCAAUCAAAAAAGUAACCAUUAAGCAC